AAAAAGACUACAUACAUAUAUUUUUCCAAAAUACCCUCAGAUUAUUAUAUUAUAAAAUUGAGCAAUAACCAGAUAAACUUGUUGCUUCUGUUGACUCUCUAUCAACUGUGACUCUCAGCUGGUUAUGCACAUGCUCGUUAUCACAAAUUUGUUUGCCCAACGGUUACCGUGGAAUCGUUGCUUGGCCAACAAAUGGCAUAAUUUGAUAAAUUUUGUCGAGCAUAUACCUCGUGAAGUAAAUAUGGAACUUGAACUGACUCGUGUUGAUUACACGGUCGUCGGAUUAUCUGCUUCCAGCUGUCUUCAACUGUUGCCUUCCACGUCUGGUUCCGAUGGAUCGAGAGGGGCCGCGAGACAGCAGCAGAAAGUAGUUGUCGGUGAUCAGGACGGAGUGCUGCAGGUGUUUUCGAUGAAAAAGGAUGAAUUGCAAAUUCAUUUCAAGACGCUGCCACACGACAAAAUAGCAUCGGUCAAGCUAGGUGGACCGGCUGGCUCGGCAGCGGAUAAAAUCUUCACUGCUUCGGAGAAUAAGGUCCGGGGUUUUAAUAAGAAAGGCAAAAUGUUUCUCGCUUUCGAGACAAACCUCACGGAAAACAUUCGAUCGAUGUUUGUGAGCGGAAGCGAUUUGCUGGUGUGCGGAAACCAUGUGUACAAUCACUACAAAGAUUGCAAGGAGGUAGGGUCGUACCUGUGCGGAGAUUCUAUUGUUGAUGUGGCUGCUCUAUGUCCGAAUAAUACGAGUCGCCUGAUCACAGUUUUGGCCUGCUCGGGUCGCGUACUCCGCAUCUUAGAGCAUUCGCGGGUUCGUCAAACGUUAGAGGUGGACAGCGUUCCGACUGUUCUGCACGUUCCAAAAGGUCUGGGCGAUAGGAUUUUGUGCGGGUUUGGCGACGGAAAGGUAUUUCUGUUUCACAUAAAUCUGCUAGUGACUGAGGUGAAACGGGAAAUGUUGGUUGAAGAUACGGAAAAUCUCAGUGCAAUCACCUGUAUUGCUACCUUUGAUUUGUCCGGAGAUGGAAAAGAUGAACUGAUUGUCGGUCGCCGGGAUGGUACAUUACAGGUUUUUACAAUGUACUUGGAUGAAUAUCAGUUCGAGAUGGAGUGUACCCAAAUAUACCGAGAAAACUUCAACGAAAGCAUUUCAUGCAUUCAAGGAGGAUGCGUUGGAGCCAACAAUUAUUCGGAGAUAGUCGUGUGCACUUAUUCUGGACGAGUAUUUGGAUUGACCACUCAGUGCAUCAGCAAGAGCUUGAGUGAUAGUAACAAACGAGUAUCCGCUAGUAUGACGCCAGAUGGUUCCUCGAAGUUGCAUAAGUUGAAAGCCGAAAUUUAUGAGCUAGAGCAAGCAAUUACAAGAGAACGCGAACGUUAUCAAGUUUCGACUCAGGCUCUUUCAACGGGUUUGUCGGCAAUUCCAAUGCUACCGGUUAACGAUUCGAUGGUCUUAUGCAAAGAGGAUGCAACGUAUGCGCUAACUAUUGAACUGCCUACUUCGAUCGAACACGUGUUACUGCAGUGCGAUGCGCCAAUCAAUCUGAUCGACGUGGAGAAGAAUUCCGCCGUCGUUAGUUUUAGUGAGUGCGAUAAAAUGAGUGGUAACAGUUUGCUUGCCAGCUAUCGCUGCCAGGCUAAUACCAAUCGAGUGGAUUUAAAGUUUCGCACAGUGGAGGGACAAAGUGGAACUCUGCAAGUUUACAUAACACCUAACUUGCAGCCAAAGUGUUGUCAAUUGAAGCGCUAUCCGAUAAAACCACUGUCGCUGCACGUGAUCACUCACAAUGUCCCGGACGAAAUAAAAUCUCGACCGAUGAACGCACUUAUACUAAAGGGUGCAUUUAGUCAGGCGGAAAUGCAUAACUGGUUAGUAAACAGCAUUCCAGAAAUACCGGAGAAAAUCUACGGCAACGAUAAAACACGUUUGGUUCUCCAACAUGUGUUUAUCGGAACAAUUCUCGUUUGCGAGUAUGGCAAAGCGGAAGCCGAUUUUCGAAGCGAUAACAUUUCCACAAUUUCAAUCCUCAAGGAUUUCAUCACUAAAGAAGCUACCAAAAAACGUAUUAAAUUGGAAAUUACCACUAACUCAAAUGAGCAAACGAUUCCCGAGCUGAUAAAAAUGAUCGAACCAAAGAUAGUUCACUACAACAAACUGACGAAGGAUUUUCAAAUUCUGCAAGCGCUUAUAGAUUUGGACAUUCGUAACGACAAAGAAUUCAGUACACUCUCCGAAGAAUAUCAAAACCUGCUUAGAAACCAGAAGCAGAUUGAAAGUGAAUUCAAGAAACAACCGACGAUACUAAACCGGAUCUAUGGAAUACUGACCGAUUUAUACAUCGACAAGUUUAAGUUUAAAGGUGUGAGCGUAAAAACAAAGCUACCCCAGUUGAUCGAUUUGCUCGAAAACUAUAACUAUGAUGAACUGGUGCAUUUCUAUAGUGUUUUAAAAUCCGCCGAGGAGCAAGAAGCGGAUGUCACAGGCGAACAUUCUUAAGUGUAUUUUCAUAGAAUGUUUUCAUUACACAAAAAUACAAGAAGUGGUAAAAAUACAAGAAG